GCUGCUGGCCUUCGCCUUGCACCUUUCGCCACAGGGCUCCCCUCCCUUAUCAGCUUCCGCCCACCUCGAACCCCUGCUUCCAGGACCCCGCUCCGCAAACCUGCUCACCCUGGGAAGAAGGUGCAAGGCCACCCAAGGGUGUGGCCAGAUGAGUUAAGCAAUUCAACAAGUGGCUUGCUUCCUAGACUUUCAGCCCCGGGGUGCAGACGAGACCGAAGGAGAAGACUUGGAGGUUUGGGUUCCUCUCUGUAUCCUACUUCUGGAUAAAGGCAAUCUAGAUCUGAGUCCGCUUCUUGACCAAGAGCUGAAAAUGUGUCCUGAGAUCUGCAACCGCUUCCAUCCUUGAUCUUGAUUCCAAUGCCCUUCUGCAGUUUAGUGAUUAAUUGCUUUUCCAGAGAAAUAUUGUUUGGAAUGUAAUUGUUUAGAGAAAAUAAAGCCUUUGGUUCCCUGUUUGUCCAGAGGCAGCUGGAAGGUAGUUUUUCCCUCUGGAUAGUAAUUUAGAAACUUUCUUUAAAAGAUGACUGGUGUAAGGGAAAGUGAAUUGGAUGGAGACUAGGGCAGGGGUGGAUUGGGGAAUUCUAUUCCUAAUUCUAAUUAGAAGUUCAGUACCUCAGCCUCAGUUUCCACACAUGUAAAAUAAAAGGCUCUUGGACCAGAGCAGCCACAAAAUCCAACUCUAACAAGGUGGAAACACAUGACUAAAGAUGUUUGCAGGUUUGAAAUACACUGAAAAUUUCAUCAAUGCUAUAAGUGUAACCAAGUAAUUACUUUCUUCAUAAUAAUGCAGGUUUCACUUUUAUAGGGAAACUACCCAGCUGUGAAGAGAUAGUCUUUCCCCACCGAGUAUCUAGACCUGUACCACAUUUAUCAUUCAGAGAAUACGCUCAGCUUUCCAAACCAAUUCUUCAGCCUUGCUGUAUGAGAAUGUCCUAUUCCCUAUAAAUAGCAGUCAUAUGAAUGUCACUCAUAUGAAAGAACAUUUUUUUCUGAUACAGUAGGUGUAAUUUUAUAAAAUGGCACAUUUAUUUGAAGCAGUAACUUUUUUGCAAGGCCCUGAGUUUUUCAGAAUGCUUUGAUUUAGCACGGUAUGAAAUUCUACCUGCCUGUAUUCUACCUGCACGGCAAACACUGCCAACCCAGAAAGCAGGAUGAAGCACUCCCUAUUUAUCAGGCUUCAAGGUUGUAUAGGAAAAUGGAACAUGUGUAUGGAGAAAUUGGGUCAUAGCACUCUGUCCAUUUGGCAACAUUUAUGGUGCUGCUGAAGUUCACACAGCAACUUAAGGUUCAGAAACCAGCAUGUUCGAGCCCUGACCCCUAACUUGAGAAUGAUUUUCAGAUUCCUACCUUGCUUAAGCUUGCUAACUGUUGUUAGAAGUAACCAAAUACGUUUUUAUAAGCCUGUUCGUACAUUGAAGACCUUAAGCCUUGAGCCUUGUUCUGAACAGUUUUAAGAAAAAUAGAUUCAUUUGUCAUAGAAUUCCAAAAUGGAAGAAAUCCUGAACAGUCACUCUACAUUUCCUCAUCUCCUGAAGGACCACCUCACAUCACUCUACCAUUAUUCAUGACAUUAUUAAAAGGGUGUAGAUUCUCUUUUUAAAGUUUCCUGAGUAGUUGAUUCUGAAGUCACCCUUAGAAACACAUCCAGUGUUUCAUGAUCCUCACCAUCCAGUUAUCUUUAUAAGUCAUUUGCAUCUUUUGUCAACUGCUAUUUAAAAAUUAUUUCCUUUUAAAAUCUUCACAAAGUUAAUAAUCUGCUAGCAAAAAAAAAAAAAAAGAUAUAAUCACCUUUCAAACUUGAAGACUUGCCAGGGCAACUUGUAGGUUUCUUCUGGGUUGUCCUCUGAAGAGGAAGUCAAUUGUUAAGUGUCUGCAACUACAUCUACCUAUAAUUCCUACUCUAAGGAUCUAGGACAGUCUGUGGAUAGUGAAGUUUUCUGUGUGGGAUUUUUUUUGAAGUUGUAGUUAGGCCAGAAGUAAUAGAAAUAAAGUUUACAAGGCCUCUGAAGUCACCUGUUUGACUCUGUGCUUUGUACGUCCUUCUGUGCUCUGCACAUCCAAAGAGAAUGGGUCACUAGUUAACUAUGAAGACAGUUAACCAGGAACAGUUCCACAUGAUGUAUUCAACCUACCAUGAAUUUUGAAUGACUUUUAGGUCAUUUCCAAAAUGAUUUGAAUUAACACUUGUUCUUUUGUUGAGAAGAAAUCAGACCUGGAAGAAAUAAAGCUAAGUAAAUAACUAAAGGAUAAUGAGUGCUGAAAACAAUGUAUGGUAAGAAAACAUACUUGGCCAACAUACGUAAGCAAUUUGUUCUUCCAAAAUCAUUACGGAAAAAGGAACAAAGAAUGCUUGCACUGUAUGAAGAUCAUCUUUCAGAAAUACAUCACUGCAAAAAAUAUGCAAUGUUCUACUCAAAGAAGCAUUUCCACCCUAAUUACCUAGGCAGGACAUGACAUCCUAAUCUGAAUGCUUCUCCACAUUGUUCUAGAAGAGUGUAGUCUGCCAUGUGUAAAAAAGCUUUAUCAUACUGAACUUUGAUGGUUGCAUACUUCUGAAAAGUUAUUUUGAGGAAAGUAUGUUUCUUUGAAAUGUAGAUUACAUGAUCAGUCUUCAUGUCAGGAUGAAGUUAAGUUCACUUUUCAUCUUAUAAGGAAGGUAAAUGUGUACAAAGGAAAAUUUUGAAAAGUCAGGAACUAUAAUUCUAAAAAAAAAGAAAGCUAAGAGGUAACUUAAUAUAACUAUAUAGCACUCCUCUUAGAGAGGGGUUAUUAGAACACAUCUCUUUUACCUUAGCUCCAAAUAUUGAAGGAAAAAAAAUGGCAUCAAGCACAGGGCCAAGUGUUCCAACCAGGGUUUCACUGGUGAAGGCACAAGCCCUGAGAAGUAUGGGAAUAGGAGGGCGUGGCUAAUGGUCCACAUUGAUUAUACAUCUUUCAUCUAUACUUCUCAUUUUACAGGGUGUGGAAACAGUUUUGAGCCCAAAUUAAACAGUGGCUGAAGCAAUUAUGCACAGACUUUGGUAAACUUUCUUGUCCUAGUUCCCAGGCAGAAUAGCUCCCCUCCUCUGUAUAUGCAACAUCUUCACACAUUGUAUUGCAGCAGUUUGAUUAUGGGUCUACAUCUUCCCCAACUUGGGAGCCCCUGGAGGACAAGUUAUGGAGAAAACUACAGAUGUACUUCCUCUCACUAUGAAUUCUUCAGAGAAGCAAGAGACUGUAUGUAUUUUUGGAACUGGAGAUUUUGGACAAUCACUGGGACUUGAAAUGCUCCAAUGUGGUUAUUCUAUUGUUUUUGGAAGUCGAAACCCCCGGAUGUCCAGUCUGCUGCCCAACGGUGCAGAGGUCCUGAGCUACUCAGAAGCAGCCCAGAAAUCUGACAUUAUAAUCAUAGCAAUCCACAGGGAACAUUACGAUUUUCUCACAGAAUUAACUGAGGUUCUCAAUGGGAAAAUACUGGUCGACGUCAGCAACAACCUCAAAAUCAAGCAGUAUCCGGAAUCGAACGCAGAGUACCUUGCUCAGUUGGUGCCGGGAGCCCACGUGGUAAAAGCAUUUAACACCAUCUCAGCCUGGGCUCUCCAGUCAAGGGCACUGGAUGCAAGUCGGCAGGUGUUUGUCUGCGGAAAUGACAGCAAAGCCAAGCAAAGAGUGAUGGAUAUUGUUCGUAGUCUUGGACUUACUCCAUUGGAUAAAGGAUCUCUCAUGGCAGCCAAUGAAAUUGAAAACUACCCACUGCAACUAUUUACAAUGUGGAAGUUCCCCUUCUAUUUGUCUGCUGUUCUGUGUGUAUUCUUCUUUUUCUACUGUGUAAUAAGAGAAGUAAUCUACCCUUAUGUUUAUGAAAAAAAAGAUAGGACAUUCCGCCUGGCUAUUUCUAUUCCAAAUCGUGUCUUUCCAAUAGCAGCACUUACACUGCUGGCCUUGGUUUACCUCCCUGGUGUUAUUGCGGCCAUCCUGCAGCUGUACCGAGGUACAAAAUACCGCCGAUUCCCAGACUGGCUUGACCACUGGAUGCUUUGCAGAAAGCAGCUUGGCUUGAUAGCACUGGGAUUUGCCUUCCUUCAUGUCCUCUACACACUUGUGAUCCCUAUUCGUUAUUAUGUACGAUGGACAUGGACCAACAGAACCAUUGCCCAGGCAAUAGCCAAGAAAGAAAGUCCAUUUAGUACCUCUACUGCCUGGCUCAGCGAUUCAUAUGUCGCUAUGGGAAUGCUUGGAUUUUUCCUGUUUGUACUCCUGGGAAUCACUUCCUUGCCAUCAGUUAGCAACAUGGUCAACUGGAGAGAGUUCCGAUUUGUCCAGUCCAAACUGGGUUAUUUGACCCUGAUCUUGUGCACAGCCCACACCUUGGUGUACGGCGGAAAGAGAUUCCUCAGUCCUUCAAGCCUCGUCUGGUAUCUUCCUUCAGCCUACGUGAUAGCACUGAUCAUCCCUUGCACGGUGCUGGUGAUCAAGUUCAUCCUCAUCCUGCCAUGUAUAGACAAGACCCUUACACGGAUCCGCGAGGGCUGGGAAAGGAACCCGAAAUUCUCAGAAUCAGCAUUGAAUGGAAAAACAGAUAUUUAAAGCAAAGUUCAGUUCACCUGGACUUCUUAACUGUGGUGUUGUAUGUUUAGAGAAUAAUAAUGGGUGCAGUGAAGAAAGCGUUUUUCUCCCACCACGGGCUGAAGCUUGUGAACAGAGAAAGAAAUCAUGCCUGACUUUGAGAAAUGGACACCGUUUGAUGUCAGGCCGGUGUUGAAUCGGCGUUGGCCCCUGCCUCUCCUUUUGCUGGAGGUGGGGGUGGUGCUGAGAUCGCGAUUAGCUUUGUGGUUUCACACUAGGAAGCUUCUUUGUUGCGGGCAGCAUGCAUGACCUAAUGUCUUGCAAAAUCUAGGGGAAGUCCAUGCACUUUCCUUCUCUGGAUCAAGGGCAGAGAGGAGUGAAAGAGAAAACAGUAAGAUGGUGGCCACUGAUCAAGGCUUUAUUAGAUAUGUCUGAAGAAGAGGGCUGAGGAAGUAAAAGGAAUGAGAUUUUUGGUUUGGUUUUUGGCAGUGCAGGUUAUCAUAAAUAUUGCCAUGGUGAAUUCUGUAGUUGCGUGUGCUCUUUGAUUUUGUUACCAAUAUGGAUGUGUAGUGUGGGGAAUUAUUUUAUAAAACAAUAAAAAUAUCACAAUUGAUUGGAAGUAAUCAAGGGUUGGAUAUAUAAAAAUCUAUAUCAUAAGAUAUAGAUCCUUCCUCUACAAAGGAAUAGGUAUAGGAAAGAUUGAGUUAAAAAUGAGGGAUACCCACUUGGAUUUUCUCAAUGUACAAUAAGCAAAGAAGAGCUGAUAAAAGCCCUUGUGCAAAAAGUUCAAAUAAACCAAAAUUUAAAUAAAUUUUGUAAAGUUGCACUUUACAGGUAUUGGUAUUGUUCAGGUUUGGUAUUGUUUAGGUUUUGUGGUAUGCUUUGUAAAUAAUAUAUUCCAAAUUUUGUUCAACGUUAAUCAUCUAUGAAAUCCAUUUCUAGUAUAAAAAAGUAGCUUCUGUAGUUUGUCAUAGUUUGUUGUCAAUUUAAACAGUGAAAUUAAAUGAAUAAUGAAAGUGUAAGUUGCACCGAUGACCGAUACAUAGAUGAGAGAGAAUUAUAGUGUCUUAGGGGAGAGAGGUGUGAGCAGUAGUUGUAAUAGGAGACUUGGUUCUUUCUCAGAUCCUUGCUGGAAGGCAGGAUGGUUCUCUCUGCUUUUGUGUGCUGAUGAGGCUAUUUCCAAGACAACCUUCAGCAGGAUUAGCCUUCCUGGCUCACACAUGGAGCUGAGAGGAGCCUUAUGUGUGACCUUCCCACACUGAAAUAACCAAAAGCCUUCGGGUUUGACAUUUUUUCAGCCUGCUCCACAAAGGCCAUUUCUUUUACUUUUUACUUUUAUUAUCAUAUAUUCUAUAUGACCUUAUAUAAAAUGAUUGAAAUAUAUUAAAACAUCACCCACAAUCCAGGAUAUUUUUCUAUAAAACGUUUUGAAAAUGGUUCUACCUAUACUGUAUAUUCAAUUUUGUACCCUUCCUUUUUCACUUAAUAUAUCGUGGCUUUGUCUGCUUACUUACACGGUAUAUGUAUUGAAUCAGUGGCUGCAUAAUAUUACAUCAAAUACGCAUUUAUUUAACCACUGCCCUAAUUCAACAUUUAGGUUAUAUCCAUUUUUUACUAAAACAACAUUUCAGAGGAUAUCUUGGCACGUACAAUUUUUCCAUAUUUUAAAUUACUUCCUCAGAAUACUUGCAAAGAAUUGGGAUUAAAAAGUAAAGAACUUUUAAUAGCAUUGGAUACAUAUUGCCAAAUUAUUUCUAAAGUCAAUACCAUUGGCACUGAAUGAGGGUGCUGGUUUCAUUAUACCCUACCAGAUUUUGUUUUUUAUUUCUAUUUGUGUUAAUGAGAAGAUACACAGAAUAUAUACUCCAUUACUUUAUUCUUGAUCCACCCAAGCAAGGAUACAAAAAAGCUUGCGACUUUGAGCAGAGCUGUGGUGUGUGGUGCUGACCCGAGAGCAUCAGUGAGAAAGGCAGGGAAAUUGUCACUACUCAUCCCUCUAUUUUAUGCAAAACGGCCAAGUAUUCUAGGGUUGGCAGCUGCUUUUUGGCUAGAGAAUUGGUUGAUUAAAGAUUAAGUACUAUCCAGGCUGAUCUAAAAAAAGCCUUUGGGAUUAACCAUGCUCCUUUUUGGGUAAAAGAGUAAAGUUUUUACUGGCUACAUGGUUCAUUACUAAAAAUAGAAAAUGCCACUCUUAGGUUAAAAAAAAAAAAAGCUUCCCUAGAGUAAAAAGGAUUCUACUUUUAUAACCUAGUAAAAAUGCUCUACCUGGGUACUUCACAAAAGCCAUCCAGGUAGCCAGACGUUACAGAGCGCCCCUGGUGUUUUGGCGUCACAGUGCAUUGCUGGGCAUGACCCUCAGCCUCAUCCACAAGGGCUCCAAGCCCCACCAGCUGACCAGAGAAGCCAAUUCCCUCCUUUCGCCCCUCCCAAUAUCCCUCCCUUCCCAAACCAUCAAACCAAUGUGCCCAUCCUAACACAGCUGACUCCCCCAGUUUACUUAAGGUGGAAAGAAUGAGUUUGAAACAGAUAGAAGUAGGUGUGUUGGGUGAACUAUAUUCCUUUUAACUGUUCCAAACUAUUCUUCUACAUUAAAAAGUGAGACUAAACUUCCUUA